CCGAACAGUUAGCAUUGGUAGCUACGUGACCCUUUGCUGACUCCCAUCCUCCCGUGGUGGGCCGCAUAAAAAGGACGGGGGACAGGGUCGGGCCGACCAAGCUGGAGCUGACCGUGUUCGGGUCUCCAUCACUGAUCGCUCACCAGGCCGUCCCGGAUGCAUGUGGUCCCUUACCGUGGGGCUAACUUCGGCGUAGGAGGAGCCCAUCCUGGUCAGGCCUCGUCCCUCGGGCGUGGGCAGCGAUACCGGCAGGACUACAAUCGGGUGGACCACAACCGGCCGCCCAGUCUUAACUUGGCCUCGCUGCAGAAGAACUUUAGCGCGCUGUGGGACCGGACCAAGAGGAAAGUCGAAAAAGCAUACAAUAUUGUGUAUGCACCUGAGCCACCCGAGGACUACCGCGUGCAAGAAGCUGACGAAACAGAGAUGGGCACUCUAGAACUAAGCUUGCGAUACCCGACCGGGGUCCACAUUGGCGUGGAGCCUGACACUCACCAGUACAACGAGCGACUCAUGGAAGACGACCACGAUGAUGAUACUGACGAUGUGUGGACGCUCCUGAGCAUGAUGCAUGCGAUGAUGGUGGUCACCAUCGUAAUCGUGCUGGACACGGCCCAGAUCUUUCUCCGCUACUCUGACGGGCAGAACGCAGUCACCCCGGCCCACGUGGAGGGCUUCUUCAUCAUGCUCUACCUGAUCGCCAUCGCCUGGAUCCUGGUGGUAGUGGUGCUGAAGCGGCCGCUGCCCUCCAGUGACGACGAGGAGCGCACCGACGCCGAGGCCGGAAGCCGAUACUUGUACGUGGGCCUUCUGUUCUUCGGAACUGGCAGCUGUCUGUGGAUGAUCAUGCGUACUGCCACCUACAUAGAGCUGAGCGGGAAAAACUGCGGUAACCAGGGAGUCUUUGCUUGCGGGAAUAUACUCUGCGUGGCCUUCACCAUGCUACAGAUCUACUAUUUCUGGCGGUUUUCCAAGUACUGUUUGGUUCGUUGGAAGCCUGUCGCCAAACUUGCCGUUAUGCACCUCAUGGCAACAAAUGCGGCACUUUGUGUGCGCACUUUAGUGGAAGAAACAUGGGAGGACUUUCUCUUGGACUAUCUCAAGUCUAGCAUGACCAAAGGCGAUGGAGGUUACACCGGCAAGCUGGGUCAUCUUGUGUCAGAUAGUUCUGCAAUGGGCCAUGGAAAUCUGUACUCGAAAGGUUAUUCGUACAACGGAACUUUCAACAAUACCGGCGGGUACCCUAUUGAUCCUUGCUACAUUGGCAAGACCGCUGAAGGGCUGAGUGGUGCAGUCUACAAGGCCUCCGUCUUUCUGUAUUCCUUCACCAUUGAGUACACCAUCAUUGCAGGCGCCAUGGCCUACAUCAUGUGGCAGAAUAUCGGACGGAAGGUUCACCACCCGCAUAAGGAACCUAGCAACCGGCAGUUCAACUUCAGCUUUGAGUGUGGUCUCCUGGUAGGCGUGCUUUGCACCAUGUGUGGCGUCAUCAUUCUGAUCCUCAACAUCAUCUACCUAGGUGACUACGAGAAGCGCGACCAGAGCUUCAUGAGCUACCGCGGCUACCGCGUCUUUCUGAACAUCGUCUGCAUCGUCGCCUGUGUGGGCGCCUUCAUCGGGAUCCACAAAGGCGGCUGGCAGCAAGACCACCACUCCGGGCCUGCGCAUCGUGUGGACGCGGCGCUGCUGCUCAUCUGCGUCAGUGGGAGCCUCCUACAGAGCACUUACACCUUCGUGGCGGCCGUGUCCUCACUGAGUCAGAUCCACUCCGGUCUGGUUUUCUUUGACGACUUCACGCACAUCAUACAGACCGUGCUGCAGUGCGUGUUGAUACUGGACGCCAUGCACCGCAAACCGCCGGCGGACUUCCGUCAUACACGCACCAAGCAGCUACUCAUGUUCCUCCUAGUGAGCAACAUCACCUGGUGGCUGAUCAGCACCUACGAGCUGAAAGGAGGCUACGAUCUGUACGCCCUGGAGAACGGCUACUACGGGGCCACAUCUUGGUACGUCAUUGUCCAUCUGGCAGCACCUUUGGAGAUCUUGUUCCGGUUCCACUCAACUGCGUGCUUUUUUGAGGUUUGGAAUUUACCGGGCGUGGAGGCGAAUGGAGGACAUCACCACUAGAGCGCGAGCAGACUUAAAAAACAUGCUAGGCCUGCUGAAAUUAGGUCAGCUUCGCAUCCAAAAUCUAUGCAUGCGUUGCUUUGUAAGAAGUGAUGUGAUAUUUCAGACGUUCUUAUGAAAGACCUGCUUACCAGAUCUGUGCUUUAAUAAACAACAAAGCAUACGUCGGCUUAAUUUACAAGCGCCACUGUUUUAUUGCUCUGUGUACAAUGUAUAAAUGAUAAAAUUUGAGCAAAAAGUCAAAACUGGCUUAACGCUUGGCAUCAGCUUUAUUUCUGUAACUUUAUACAUUAAUGAAAACUUUACCCGGUUUAGUGGAAACAUAACUGAGUGUAAAGAAGUUCAUGUACACGUACACGUUGUAUCAGGAGAUGCAAUGCAUAUAAUUCUGAUGGCAGUGAUGAUCUUAAGAUCAUAUCCUUCCGCUAACAUAAACUUCAUCACGGUAAUACUGAAUCAUUUUAAUGUUUUGCUUUUGGUCUUAGUCUAUUUUGGCUUUAGUAUUGCCUGAAAGUUUUUUUUUUAAAGUUAACCAAGGUUGGGAGUGUACAUGUAUUGUUGAAAGUGUACAAAAUGUAGCCCAUAUCCAUGUAAAGAUUGUUAAAAAUAUUUCUACCAGGUUAAAGGCGGGUGCCUGUCUAUCUGGUCAACAAGCCAUGCAUGUCUCCUUUUUAAUGAAAAUGGCUGGGUACCAUUAUAAAAUGUUACACUUCUGCAAUAUAUUUGGCGAUGGUAAGGAUCUUGUAUCAUUUCAUGCUAACUGUGUAAUAUAUGUUUGAUACACAGAGGACGUGAAGUACGUCACUAUAAGUUUUAACAUGCAAGCAUGUGCGUUCCGAGCAUCACGAUAUCUUUUAGUGUACCAGUGACGUCACUUGGACGUCCUCUUUUGAGGUGGGCGUAGGUGCACUACACAGGGCGGAUCUUGGGAGUUGACAGCUCGCGUUUCCGUUGUUUCUGUUUUUACACAUCACUCCCGUGAAUGCUUUAUGACCUUUUUGUUAUCAAAUUUUUCUCUCAUAUGAAUGAAGGGUUCGCCAAUACUUUCGUGCAAUUAUCUACAUCAUUUUCGUGGCCUAUGAUUAUUAGAACAGUUGCAUGAUAAUACGGCAUAUCGGGUAAUGCUUUAGAUUUGACUGUAAAACGUACAGAUCUCUUGCAUUACACUUCACCUUGAAAUGUAAAAUGUAAUAUGGGUUAGAAUGUCACUACAUAAACACUGUAUCCCAGGUUUAGUUAUUUUCAAAUUUAUGAAUGUUUAGAAUUGGUUGUAACCAUGUGAAGUUCGAUUAAAUCAAAUGUGUGUACAAGCGUUAAUUUUAACUUGAAACGUAUUACGAAAUUCACCCCGCAUACAAAUUAGCCUACUCUUGAUUAGAAUACUCUUCGUAAAUAUAAGCACUACAUUCUACCAUUUUUUGUUUACUACAGAAAUGUUCUGAAUAAUUACGAAAGUUGUUUUAACAAUAAGUAAACUGCAAUAUUUCAACCAUUUUACUGUCCUUCCAUUUGCAUUGCACCCAGCUUUCGUACUUUCUCUACGGUAGAAGUCAUGGACUUGAAAUUUAAUGAAAUCUGUCAUUAUACAUUCGUUACUGCUUAUGUUCUACAUAUUAUUUUGAAACGCAAAUAAACUGCUGAUUGUAUUUUAAAACA